AUGAGGUUGCUGCCUCUGAUUGCUUUGGUUGUCUGCAUUAUAUCUAGACUACCGGUCUUUGCAGCAUCGAUACCGCUUGUUGGGCGAGUUGGAAUCCAGGCAGUUGGUGCUCUAGAAGCCCGAGACGAAUCGCCAACGACGACGAUAUCAGACAAUCAAGCUCCAAGCGGUUCAACAACGAGCGCAAUAAACCAUGCGACAGUCAGAGUGAACUCUACAACCACUUCAAAUACCACCGCGCCGGCAUCGACGACUGUCGCGUCGCUCAACACGUCAACCGUUUCUGAGAAUGGAACAGUCACGCCCGCGCCUGGCGCCCUUCCGCUUGAGCCCCGGGUGACUCCAGCGUUCGGGGUUGGCGGCUUUAUCCUUAUAGCUACGGGAGCCAUUCUUGCAUUGAUAGGAAUACGCAAUUCAUGGGUUCAAGUUUUCUUAUCUGCCGCCUUUCUUACAAGCUUAGGAGUCACAGCCUUGAUUGUAUAUGUGAUGAAUCCGCCUGUGCGCGUGGCGGUCCAAGGAGCAUAUCUUGUGGCAAUUUUCUUCACGGGAGUGACAUUUGGAGCGCUUUCCAUUGUAUUCAAGGAAUUGACCGAAGGACUUGGAUGCCUUUUGGGAGGGUUCUGUGUUAGCAUGUGGCUUCUUUGCCUGAGGCCGGGAGGACUUCUCACGGACCCCAAUGCCAAAGCUGGGUUCAUCGGCGCGAUCUCCGUCGCAUUUUACGCCUUGUCUUUUAGUCAUUACACGCGUCCUCACGGGUUGAUAGUAUCAGCUGGUGUUUCGGGAGGUACAGCUGUCGCGCUGGGAAUCGACUGCUACAGCCGGGCUGGACUGAAAGAGUUUUGGCUAUAUAUAUGGGCACUCAACGAAGAUGUAUUCCCGCUUGGCACUGGAACCUACCCAAUCACUCGCAAUAUCCGGGUAGAGCUUGCUGUCACAGUGAUUGUAGCUAUCUUAGGUGUUGUGUCACAGCUCAGACUGUGGAAAGUGAUCAGAGAGAAGCGACGCAAAGAGGAAGCAGCUAAGAAAGAGGAAGAGAAAAAGAAAGAAGAGGCCGAAGCUGAAGUUGCCCGCAGGCUCGAGGAGAAUAACAUGCGAGAAAGACAAGCAUGGGAAGCUCAAUAUGCUAAUGUGGAAGCAAGGCUCAUCCCGGAGCUUGGAGACGGCACUCAAUGCGCUGCUGAUAAGGAGGAUCUCGGGAAGGGUGACGUGGCCGAGGUCAACAGCGUUUCGGGCUCAUCCCAGGUCUCCUAUCGCUGCUCCUCUGAGUGUAGGAAACAGGAGGCUAGUGAGGAUUCAUUCUCAGAUGCGACUCGGGCUACCGGAAAUACGGAAGUUGGAAGACAUGGAGACACGACUGAGAAGACAAGUGACGGUGCACAUCCAGUACCAUUCAAGGUCUUUGACGGGGCCGCCGCGGCGAGACUGAUGGAUGACAAGGAAUCCGAUGUGACUGCCAUGGCUGGCUCAGACACGGCGACGGUACGCUCAAAGCGCUUCUCCGGAAUGACCCUCUGGAAGAGAAUGUCUGUACAAAGCAGCCUGAGACCUGCACCGUCAGAAGAAGCCCUCGUGCAUAAUGAUGACGAGACGUCGAUGUCUGGACAAGGCGUCGUGGAUAACAGCAGUGAUCGAAGCUCGGAUUGCCAUGGCGUUGAAAAUGAAUCUCGCGAAGAUGCGGUCAAGGCUCGGUCUAAGCCUGAAAUAGCAGUGCAAGAGACCGUCACUCCCUCUGAUAGGCGUAACAGCGACGUCGAAGUUGGAAAGGCCGAAGAAAUAGAUGGUGAAGAAGAUUGCCUCGCCAAACAGGAAUCGGUCCUUGUGCAAGACACAGAUGCUCACGGAGUGGAGGCAGGCUUGAGCGAUGUUGACUGUCAAAAGAGCGCCGACAAAGCCGUUUUCGAUAUGUGUGUGAGCACUGUGGAAGGAAGAGACACUCCUUCGGACGGCAAGUUACAGGAGCCAUUGAAAUCAGAGGCCCAGGACAUUGGUCAGAACAAAAGUCAUCCAUCUGACGACAUUGGGGGAAGUUUGCAAGGACUUGAGCCUCAGCCCGAUGGCAAGAAGACAGAGGACGAACAGCCGACAACGCAAGCUGGUGAAGGAUGUCCACCAUUGCCUUCUCGAGCCAAUGCACAAACCGAAGAGGUCUCUGAGAGAACACAACGCCAGUCUUUAGAGACCCCCAAAGAUUCACAGACAAACGCCACAGCCGAGACUGGAGACUGCAAUGGCGGAAAUUCGCCAGAAGAAAAUACGAAAACUAGCCACUCGGAGGAGCAGAACCUUCGAGAGUCACGAGAACAUAGCUCAUUGAAGGCGCCACUAGAAACAGAGAAUCGUCAAAGCCACAUCGGCGAUGAAUCCGAGAGGCAGCAAUCCUCGUCAUCGCAUUCCAAACUAAAGAGUAAACGAAAAACAGAGAAGCCCAAACUGGACGCCAAAACAGUGAAACGUAUUCCGGAGCGAACAUCGAGGGUAGUCCAGACCUAUCGCACGAAUGAAUGGGCCAAGCAUCUCUGUGAUGCAGAAAUUCCCGAGCCAGAACCUAUCGAGCCCAUCACAAAUGAAUCGGCGGAAAGUCCUAUCGACGCUGGGGAGGUCCCUGCCCCUGUCAAUGUUGAGGAGUUGUUGCAAACACCUCUCACUGCACAGCGACCACCUGCUGCCGAUUUGCGUGCCAACGCCGGAAAAGAGCAGCAGAGCGCAAACGACCUUCAUCGAAUAUCUAACGACUACACACCGCGCACAACUUCGGCUAUCAACCUACCAAGAGUUGGAGAACCUCAACCAGUUGACAGGUCUUCAGGGGUCCCUUCCACAAUCGUCUUAUCCUCCACCAGCGCUCUCCCAAGUCCGGUGUUCUACGGCGCCGAGCAUAAUGCUGUCCCAGGCGACCCCAUCUCACCCAUCCCUACUGAACAGCCUCAAGGGGGCCCUGAGCUCACCAAACCGAGGUGGAAAGGGCCGCCUCCACUCCUUGCAGUGCGAGAAGGUAUGAUGCGAAGUCGGGUUUCGUCUACUUGUCUCAGUCUCGAUCCGUGGGCGUCGCGGAAUAGCCCUAGGCAGUCCCUGGCAUUGGAUACUUCGGUCCAGAUUUCCCCGACGACUUCAUUUCCGGAAUCAGGUGAUGACGUGCCCCUCUCUCGUCGCCGUGCAAUGCUACAUCAACAAAAAGUCCAGAGCCCGCACACAAGCGUGCCAGCCUCAACGCCGAAAUUGGGUCAAUCGAGCGUAUCGAGGCCCGGAAAUGCUCAAGCGGUCAUGGCUGCGUGGAGAGAAUCUAUUCGGGAAGACCUGAAGGACAAACGCAACCCCUUGGCGAAACAAGAUCUUCCAAUUGGUGGGACCGGUGUUGGCCCUCACGGUUCAUUUCCUUUUGGGCCACCGGGGCGGAAUUCUUCAUCCCUGAAAGUCAAUCUCGACAGGGCAAUAGCCGAGGGGAUGCAGCGUGGGGAUAUGACCAUUGCGACGGCCAUUUCGUCCGCUCCUCUACCCCUAUCGUCCGGUGGCCCAGCCCUUGUUCCAAAAACGGCGUCUUCAGCGGCCUGGGAACACUCGCACAUACUAUCAUCGUCCGAGGCUGAAGAGAAUUCCACUCCUCGCCCCCACCGCCAUCAUACGCACCAUUCCCUCGAGUCCGACCGUCGUGCCUCAUCAUACUUAUCACCGUUUACAGAAUAUCCCACCCGGAACAGCCCGAAGAAACCCUCCCUUCGACAAAAACAAUUCCAAAGACGGCCGCAUUCAUUCCUCACCACUACCAUACUCCGACCCCCCGCUGUCCGACUCGCUAACCCAGUCAAUUACGUACCCCGAAUUACCCCGGUCACUGUCCCGCAUCCGCUGCAGAUCUCCGACGAGCACCUGCCGCUGGAAGCUCACCGAGACGCGUAUCCGCUUCUGACUAUCCCUGAACGACGCCGCAGUCGGUUAUCGCAAACCCCAACUAGCUUGGUAGUAGAGCGCAGUCAAGGCGAGACCGAGAGUGGGCGCUCCAGCAUCGCAGUGCCUCGAGGGCAGAGGCGCAGUGGCACUUUCGACCGCCAUUUCGCUCUGCAGGAGAUGUCCGAACAGGCGGAACACAGCAACAAUGGUUCUCAAGAGGGAAAAGACCUUCGGCCGCCCGAACGGGCCCAUCUAGCCCAGGAUACACUCGUUGAUCGACAGGGCUCGUUGCAUGGGGAUCACCCGCGCCAUAUACAGUCGCAGGUUUCCCUGCGAUCACAAUCGCAAAUCGCCUCGAUUCCAUCAAACACGGGUGCACCACCGGCCAGCGGAGAGGCUGAAGUCGCCGAGGAGUUGGCAUGGGGCCCCGCGCAUCCUUGCUACCCUCAUGUCAAUCCACAUGUUCCCAUCGGGUCGCAAGAGUACCUCACGACUCGAAUUAUUCGAAUACGACGCGAUUGGAUGGUGAAGGGGGAUUUGGCGCCGACGUUCUCGAAUCUCUAUCCUGAGAUUCUCGACCCGUUACUACCGGAACAGGAGUUUCGCCGCGUGAUUGCGACGGUGAAUGAGGAACUCAUCAAGGCCUUUGAUCCGUUCAGUUUCCGCAAUCUGGUUGAUGGUGCGCUGGGUCUGGUCACGGGUUGGUUGUGGGAGGAUAUCGGUGCCCCUGGUAUCAAAAGCCAUCUGCAACGGGUGGAGGCUUGGCUUGACAAGUGGAAUCGCGAGAUCGGCGCGAAGGAUGGGGUACAUAUAUGGAGUCUGCGACGGACGGCAUACAUGUCCUUGGACAUCCAAAUCCCGGAUCCCAAGGUUGGCAUCAUCCACAGCGAGGGCGCGUCACUGCCGGGGACGAGACCAAGCAGUGGCGUUGGGCGUGGAUUCUAG